GUAUGUAACCAUUAUUUAUUCUGAAGCAAAAUAGGAAAAGUCACUGCAAGAUAAAUUACAGAAAUGUUCUAUUUUACGUGAAUACGGCUGUAAUAUGCCAUCAAUGUUAAUGGGGAUAGAAAAGGGUCAAGUAGAGUAUCAGAGAUAGUAGAGUUGGAUAAUCAAGUAACAGAAGACUAGCUUGCCCAAUGACAUGUAUCCAAGGAUAACCAGCAUCAAUAGCAGCAGAAAAGAGAAUAGUAAGCUUGGAAUCGAACAAAAAUGUCAUAGUCCUCUAUUGUACAAGCAGCUUCGAUCAGAUGGCCAUGUAAAUAGCAGCCAUAAUGCUCAUGGCGGAUGUGAUCGUAACCAUAAAGGAAAGCGAUUCAGUCCGUCCAAAGGCACUAGACUUGGCAGAACCGCUGGCAGCAGCACCAGCGGCAGCAGUCUGACUAGAUGCAGCAUUAGAUACAGCAGUGGCCGAGGUUGCAACAGGAGGUCGAGUGGUGGACGAAGGUGCAAUCCACGUCUGCCAUGGAGCAGGCUGAGGAAGGGACUUGGGAUUGAGGUUGGCGGCAGCACAUUCAGCAACGAUACUUGGAUUGACCGAACCUGAAAGCUCAGCCUGGACAGUAGCAUCUUCAGGACAUUGCAGAUAGCAGUUUGCUCUGUUUACGUAGUAGUAACAGCGACAGUCCUGAUAAAAAGUUGCAUUGGUGGCUUGCAAUGGCAUGCAUGUCAGUGACAAGAAACUGUCGCUGUUUGUCAUACAGAGAGCAUACGUAGGGCCACAUUUGGUGGUCUGGGCCAUGACAGUGC